CUGAGUCAACAGCCUUCACAGAUGCUGCGGGAGCAGUCUGUGACUGACAGCUCUGUAACACCUUGCCUGGAAGCCACCAGAGGGGGAAAAAAUGAAACUUGCCCUCCAAGCCACACUGUCCUUUGGGCUGCUGGCUCUGUGUCUUGCAACUUCUUCGGUAAGAUGGUGCACAAUAUCCAAUGAAGAGCAGGCAAAAUGCAUAAGGCUGCAGCAGGAGUGCUUUGCCCCUCAGCAAUCCAAGGAUUUGCCAGUACUGAAUUGUGUGAGGAAGACUGAUUACCAUGACUGCAUAAGGGCUAUUAAAAACUCAGAGGCAGAUGCUAUCACCUUAGAUGCUGGUCAUAUUGCAGAAGCAGGCCUGAGCCCUCACAAUCUAAAGCCUAUUGUAGCUGAAGUUCAUAUGAAAGGUUCAAAAGAAAGUACUACUAGUUAUCGUGCUGUUGCUGUUGUAAAGACAGGAACUAUUACUUUACUUAAAGACCUCCAAGGGAAGAAAAGUUGUCAUACUGGUUUGGGGAGAUCUGCAGGCUGGAAUAUCCCAGUAGGAACUCUUCUGGAUAAGAAAAUACUAACGUGGGAUGGAACACAAACAGAACCUGUAGAAAGAGUUGUAGCGAGUUUUUUCUCAGCCUGUUGCGUCCCAGGUGUCAAAGAUGAACCGAAUCUAUGCCGUUUAUGCAUUGGAAAAUGUGACUGGAAUGACCCCUAUGCUGGAUAUGCAGGAGCCUUAGAGUGUCUGAAAUCCGGAGGUGGAGACGUGGCUUUUGUGAAUGAUGCAGCAGCACUAGCUCUCAGUCCAGAAGAAAAAAACAAGUACCAGUUACUUUGUCUUGAUGACUCCGCAAAAUCCAUUGACCACUAUGAAAGCUGUUUUUGGGCUGAAGUGUCAGCUCAUGCUGUGGUGGCACGACCCGUGGAUGGCCAGGCAGAUGAAAUCCGUGUACUCCUCUUUAAUGCAUUGGAACAGGCCAAGCAAGGACAAGCAACAUGCCAACUUUUUGGCUCUCCUCUUGACUCCGGCAAAGACCUCCUGUUUAAGGACAGUGCUGUCAGCCUUGUUCCAGUGCCUGAACUAAUGGAUGCUCAACUUUACGUGGGUGCCAGAUUCUAUGCUUCAAUACAGAAUCUUAGAAGAGGUAAGCAAGGCAGGAAUCCUGAUACACUGAAAAAAAUUGUAUGGUGUGCAGUGGGCAAGGCUGAGCAGAAAAAGUGUGAUUUGUGGAGCGGACAGAGCAAUGGUGUCAUUGAGUGUGCUGUUGCAGAAACUACUGAAAACUGCAUUGCUAAGAUCAUGAAGAGAGAAGCUGAUGCCAUGACCUUGGAUGGAGGGCAUAUCUACACUGCAGGAAAAUGUGGCCUCGUCCCAGUGUUGACAGAAGUCCCUCCUGAAGAUUCUGCUGCAUGCGAAGAUCCAGAGAAAGCUGUAACAGUUAAAGGCUAUACUGCUGUAGCUGUUGCUAAGAAAACAGACAUUGACAUCACUUGGAACACUCUGAAAGGAAAGAAAUCCUGUCAUACUGCUGUUGGUAGAACUGCUGGCUGGAAUGUUCCCAUGGGCCUUAUUUUCGAACAAAAUAAUCGUAGUUGUAACUUUGAUACAUUCUUCUUAGAAAGCUGUGCGCCAGGAGCGCCUCUUGAGUCACCACUGUGCAAACUAUGCAAAGGUAGCGGCGGUGAAGGUAGCCUCUCUCAGAAAUACAAGUGUAAACCUAACAGCAAUGAGGAGUACUAUGGGUAUAACGGUGCUUUACGAUGCUUGAUGGAAGUAGGAGAUGUAGCCUUUGUUAAACAUACCACCAUCAGUGAGGUCACAGAAGGAGAGAACAAACCAACUUGGGCAGCUGGCUUCAGUUCUUCUGAUUUUGUUCUUCUGGGUCUAAAUGGUGAACGUUGUCGUCCUGAUGAAUAUGACAGAUGUUAUUUGGCCACAACCUGCAAUCAUGCAGUAAUGUCAAGGCCCGAACAAGCAGAAACAGUUAAAAUGGUGUUACUUGAACAACAGAAAAAGUUUGGAAGCCAUGGAAAUCAGACAGAUUAUUUCCAGAUGUUCCAAUCUGAAGCCAAAGAUAGCUUGUUCAAAGAUGGCACAGCAUGCUUAGGUGUUCCAAAUGAAAAAACAUUUGAGAGCUAUCUUGGGGAGGCCUAUAUGAAUUCUAUUGAUGGGAUCUCGAAGUGUUCACCUUCAGAACUCCUUAAAGUCUGCACCUUCCACUCUCAUACCUGAUGAAUGUCAAGUUCUUGCAGUGAAAUAAAAUGGAUGCUUCAUACUUAUUUGCCUAAACUUGACAAAAGUCUACUUACUUUUUUCUUCCUUAAUACCACAACAAUGUGUUCAAACUUUCCCUAUAUGGCUUUGUAACUUUGUAGUGUCACUAGUGCAAAAAAUAAAUAGAAUUAACAUCUACAGUUUAA